GCUUGGCCUCGCCUCUCCCGCCGCGGCUCCCGCCAUGCCCAACCCCAAGAGCUGUAAAGGCGGCCGCAAGAACAAACGCGCCAACAGCAGCGGGGACGAGCAGGAAAAUGGAGCCGGCGCGCUGGGAGCGGCGGGCGCGGCGGCCGGGGGCGCCCAGGCGGCGGCGGCGGGCGGCGGCGGCGGCGGCGCGGCGGCGGCCGGCCCCGGGGGCGCGGCGGGCGGCGGAGGAGGCGGCGCGGGCUCCGCCAACGCCGCCCACGCCGCCUCGGCCGGGCCGGCCGCGCCGGGCGACGCCAAGAACGAGGCCCCGUGCGCCACGCCCCUGAUCUGCAGCUUCGGGAGGCCGGUGGACCUGGAGAAGGACGACUACCAGAAGGUGGUGUGCAACAACGAGCACUGCCCGUGCAGCCCCUGGAUGCACCUGCAGUGCUUCUACGAGUGGGAGAGUAGCAUCCUGGUCCAGUUCAACUGCAUCGGCCGCGCGCGGAGCUGGAACGAGAAGCAGUGCCGCCAGAACAUGUGGACCAAGAAGGGCUACGACCUGGCCUUCCGCUUCUGCUCCUGCCGCUGCGGCCAGGGCCACCUGAAGAAGGACACCGACUGGUACCAGGUGAAGCGGAUGCAGGAGGAGAAGAGGAAGAAGGCGGGCGCCGAGAAGAGUGCCGGCCGGCCGCCGGGGGACGCGGCGGGCGGGGAGGAGGCCAAGAAGUGCCGGGCGCCGGCCAAGCCCCCCAAAGGGCUGAGCCACGAGGGCCCGCGGCGGCACUCCAUGGACCGGCAGAACUCCCAGGAGAAGGGCUACGGGCCCCGCUCGCCCUGCGGCUCCCCGGGCCAGUCCCCGCCCGCCGGCUACUCCAUCCUGUCCCCGGCCCACUUCGGCGGGCCCCGCGCCUCCCGCUACCUCGGCGAGUUCCUCAAGAACGCCAUCCACCUGGAGCCUCACAAAAAGGCCCUGGGCGCGGGCCACGUGUUCCGCAACACCCACUUUGACUACAGCCCCGCGGCGGGCGGCCUGGCGGGGCACCGGGGGGCCCACUUUGACGCGCCCAUCCAGUUCCUGCGGCGCCUGGACCUCUCGGAGCUGCUCACCCACAUCCCCCGGCACAAGCUGAACACUUUCCACGUGCGCAUGGAGGACGACGCCCAAGUGGGCCAGGGCGAGGAGCUGCGCAAGUUCAUCCUGGCGGCGCUCAGCGCCAGCCACCGGAACGUGGUGAACUGCGCCCUGUGCCACCGGGCGCUGCCCGUGUUCGAGCAGUUUCCGCUGGUGGACGGGACUCUGUUCUUGAGCCCGUCGCGGCACGAUGAGAUCGAAUACGAUGUUCCUUGUCACCUCCAAGGGAGGCUCAUGCACCUGUACGCUGUGUGCGUGGACUGCUUGGAAGGGGUGCACAAGAUCAUCUGCAUCAAGUGCAAGUCGCGGUGGGACGGCAGCUGGCACCAGCUGGGCACCAUGUACACCUACGACAUCCUGGCCGCCUCUCCAUGCUGUCAGGCCCGGCUGAACUGCAAGCACUGCGGCAAGCCCGUGAUCGACGUGCGGAUCGGGAUGCAAUACUUCUCCGAGUACAGCAACGUCCAGCAGUGUCCGCACUGCGGCAACCUGGACUACCAUUUCGUGAAGCCAUUUUCCUCCUUCAAAGUCCUCGAGGCUUAUUGAUGAAAGCUUUGCUUUUAGUAAUAGCUAUUUUAUUGACAUUACUUUAUUACAUAUCUUUUCUAGGGAAACAUUCUGUGACGCGACUUUCUUUUCUAAUUUAAAGGAGAACCCCUUUGUGUCACACGUGCCACUGAAUCGGGGGCCACCCGCCGCCCUCUUGCCUCCCGAGUGUUAAGUCUGUGGUCAUGGCCAGGGUCCGAAUGGGUAAUGCUGAGUUGUGAGGUGGCGGUUCACUAUCACAAAGAGUCUCUCGAGCAGCUUUUGAGGUGGGGGUGGGGGGGACCAUAUGGGUCUCCCUCUGCUCACUGCACGAGGGAGAAGGUGGCUAUAAACUAAGCACAGUAGGAGUUGGGAGGAAACUCUUCCUGAGAACACGAACUGUCUCAAGACCCACGCUGGGACCUCUGGGGCUUGGAGAAAAACCGGUGACAAGUGAAUGUAAGUCUGUGCCUGGAGAACUGGCGAGGCCCGAGCCUGCUCUGGCUUGGCGUUGUGCGUUGCGUAUGCAGUUUCCCUCCCUUGAUAGUACUCGGAAGUGAACACAAGCCCUCUUCCCGUCACGGUUGUAAUCUAGCAGUUGGUUUUCAUACUAAAACUAAUACCCAGAUUACCAGGCAAAAAAGCUACGAUGCUGCAAAUAUUUUUUUUUUUUUUAGGUAUGACCUGCAGUAGAAUUAAUACGACAUGAAUUUGGCAAGGAGACCCACUGGGCUCAAGAGUUUCACAGCCAAAAAAAAAAAAAAGUCAGAACCCUGCUGUUUGAAUUGCUCGCAUGAACUUCUAAGGAGAACCCAUGAAUAUCAUUAUUUGAUGGUUUUCUGUUACUGUUAUUCAUAAAAGCAGUUGUUAAAAUUACUGAUUUCAGUAGGUGGUACUGAUUUGAAAACUAAUCAUUUCCACACUUAAUUCCCUUUGCUUAAUUAAUUGCUUGCAGUCAUGUUUUAUCCAUUUUAUACCGUGCUUCCAAAAUUAAAAAAUUUACCCUAGGAAGGAAAGGAAAAUUUUGUUUGGAAAGAUAGUACAGAGUAAUUUUUAAAUUUCAUAUUUUUUUUUAGUAAGUUGUCUCAUUUUGGAAAAACCACUGAUCAGUGUAUGACAGUAUAUUUGGGAAUAGAUUAUUCCAAAGAUCCAUAUGACACCUUACUGUUAGCAGAAAAACUUGGUGACUUAAAAUAACUUGAUUAGCCUGAGCUUUGGGUUUUUCUGGAAUAACAACCUAUGUCCACUAGAUCUUAGGCAUUUAAAUAGAGGGGCCUGCUGGAAUUGGUAUAUGUGUUCUCAAAAAGAAUUUGAUAAUUCCAAAUAUGCUGUGUGAAUAUGCAAAAAGAAUGUAAUUUUAUUGAUAACCAAAUUUGGGAUUAUAUUAGCAUUUUGUGAUACACAUUGAUUUAUGCCAUUUUUUUUUUUACACAGUUGAUUUUCUUGUUAGCAGCAUUUAGGCAUUAUUGCAAGUAAAUUUUAGUUCCCCUAAAUGAAAUAUUUGAUGCUUUGUUUGAAAUACCGCUUCAUUUAAAGGAACAGUUUAUCAAAUAUUAUACUUCAUUUUCCAGCUUAGGUGAUUAUCAUUUGGUUUAGCGCAUCUAGUUUGGUGCUGUCUGAUGAUCUGGGAAAAAAAAAUUUAUAAUGGGGAAAAAUACUCAAUUCCUAUAAAGCAGCAGAAAUUAUGUGCCUGACCAUAUUUGAUAAAACUAACAGAGGUCUAUUGGAAAAAACCCUCGCAGAUUAGUCUUUAGCUAAGAAAAUCAUAAUUGUGAAUUAGCUACUUUCCUGUUAAUUCUCUCAUGUACCCAUGUACUAAAUUUUGACUAGAAAAAUUAGUAAUCUCCCCUUGUCUUCAGAGUGCCAUUUGGAUUUUAUUUCUGGAUUUAAAUGUGUUAUGUUGUUCUUUUAACUUCGAUUUGUACCUGCUUAUCUUGGUGUUCUGAGGCUUAAGUUUACAUAAAGAUGCACUCUGCGAUCUCCUCAGCCUGCAUUGCAGUAUUGUAUCUUACCUGUUCUGUCUUUUCUUCUCUUCCUUCUUUCUUCUUUCUAAACAAGAAGUAUGAAUGUGGUUCACUGUCAUCGAGGGCUAGAAUUUGCUUUGGACCUUUACACUGAUGACAAAGUUAUAAGUACGUAGAUGCUGCACAUAUACAAGACCUAGGUGUAAUAUUUGGGAAUUUUUUUUUUGUUUUUGGAGAGGGGCAGGGGGCUUUCAGGGUAUUACAUUCUUGCUUAAAAGAGAAAAUAUGGCUGAUCUGAGAAUAAAAUAUAAUUACUAUGCAGGUGAAGUACAAAUCUUAUUUUAGAAAUAUGCUGCUCUCACUUUUUUCCAUAUUUUCUCAAAAUUUUUCUAUUUUGAUGCAGAUUGGAAUAUAUCAGAAAGAUUGUUUUUGUUGUGGUUUAGAUAUUAAAAAUACUCAUUUGUUUUAUGCCAUUUGUUCUACAGAGACUCUUUUUCUGUUUUCCUGAUGAAUUUUUUAAUAACAUGAACCACUCAUAAUUUCAAAGUGAUUUCCCAUCUAUUCUAACUUCUUAUCACUAUUAUUCAAGUUUCUACUUUGAACAAAUUUUUUGCUUUAGUUUAGGGAGAAAACUUUCUGUUUAUCUCAGUGUUUAACUUCAGCUGGAAAACUUUCUGUUUAUCUCAUCGUUUCCAUUCAGGCCAACUCUUCUGCUUGCAUCUGAAGUAGCUGAUAUGCUGAAUUCCUACCUUAAAAGAUGACACGGGCCAUGAAACUGGGGUGUGAGUGAAUCAUUUCAUUAUAGUAAGAAAGCACCUAAUAAAAAAAGACCUUUCGUGUUCACCUUUUGUAAAAGAAGUUCAUUUUUGAGAGUAAAAGUUAUUUUCAUACAUGUUUGAGGGAAACUGAUCAGGAAAGAAUACUACCAGGUGUUUAAACUGUAAAACUAACAGCUGUUUGAUUUAACUUAUCAGACCACCCAUACUAACUUGUGGAAAUCUAUUGCUCUGUAAGGCCAAUAUUUAACAUACACUCGUCAGUUCUCCUGUGCCCAGAUCAGUAACUCCAGUUUGCUUUCCUAUCUAGUCUCAUGGUAGCAGCUGCUGAGUAGGUUCAGCUGAGGGUGAAGAGAAAGUACUCUUGUUCAGUGUUUUGGUUCCUGUAAGAGGAUGCCGCCCAACGCAGCUCAUCUCUGUGUUCUGUUGAGUUUAUUAUUAUCCCAGGUAAAUGAAAGAAAAUACAGCGAUGGGCAUCAUUAAAACCAGCUCGAAAUUAUAUUCUUGUUAGUAAAGAUUUCUUGUUAAGAUGUCUUGGAUUGCACUUUUGUUAAGGGAAGAUAUUGUAAAUAGUUAACGAAUGUUGAUAAAAAUGAAGCAUUUGGUUCUGGAAUUGUGUGUGAUGUUAGAAGGCUUCUGUUUGUGAAAUGUAUGUAUUAAAAAUAAUAAAAUUUCAAAAACUAA